AUGGCAUCUAUUACACAGGAUACUAAAUUUGACAAAAUUGAAAUUAAUCCAACAAAAAAAAUUGCAACACUUAAGAACAAUCGGGGUGAAAUUAUACUUGAGCCGAUUAACUCUGUAGAAAUUUGGAAGUCAAGCAUAAACAUUAAAUUCCCUAAAUUAGAAAGGGUUAGUAGAAAGCAAUUUAACCAAGAUCCUUACCCAAUUCUUGGCUAUUUUGCUAAUUUUCAACCCACUAAAAAAAAGGAUAUAUUAACUGGUAAUAAAUUAAAAGUUUCAAAUCAAUAUCAUGAACUAUUGGCUUUUGAAGGGGAACUAUCUGUUAUUGCACCAUUUUAUGAUAAAAAUUCUACUAUUAAAAAAGAUGAUUAUUAUAAAAGUCUUCUUAAAUAUCUAAAGGAACUUUCUAUACUUUGUAAAACUUCAAUAGUUCAAUUUGAUCCUACUCAGAUUAAUGGAACCACGUGUGCAAAUCAAGUAAGGUCUUCACUUACUGGAAAAGAAUUACUAUCUAAUAUGUUUAAUAUUAAUCAAUCAAACAAUUCAUUUAAUAUUAAACAAGUUAUUAAUGGGAAUUCUUUUAAA